CAUCAGCAAAGUAGUAAGGUAGUUGUUAAAUAAAUUGUUUUACAUCACCAAGAUUUAUAUUUUUCUUAUUGAAUAACCAUAACGUCUAUUUGAAAACUAUUUAUUAGAUUUCCUGUGUUGAAUAUUGACAAUUCCAUACAAUUUAGGUUAGAAGAAUUAGAAGAUGAAGUUAUUUGUCCCUAUGCCGCAGUGGAUGUGAACUACAGCUAACCAUGUAUUCCGAUGACACUGUGUAUGUUGGCUUAUUGGUCUUAUCAUUUUUAUUUAGCUUUUUAUUCAGAAAAGUUAAACACAAAAAUGUUAGACAAUGGAUGUCAACAAUUUAUGGAGCAAUUAUUGUACUAACAGUUUCUGGCUUACACAUUGUCCAUCCGAUAAUUUGCACACUAGUCAAUUCAAUUUUGAUACAAAUUGAUAAAAGACGUUGUCAUGUAUUAAGUUUCUUAUUUACGUUUGGAUAUUUAAUAUUCUUUCGGAUGACAACAUAUUUUGGAAUACCAUAUCCACCAGCUCAUACUAACUUAAUACAAAUGAUGCUUACUCUAAAGCUUGUUGGUCUUUCGUUUGAAGUCCAUGACAGUUAUUUAAUUAAAUUGAAACAAAAGGAUGCAAAAUGUGAUGCUGAAAAAAAAUUUAAAAUGAUUUGUCAACCUAGUAUUAUAGAAGUAUUUCAUUAUGCAUUUUGUUAUAUAGGCAUUUUAACAGGACCAUAUUUUAAGUAUCGUACUUACUGGGAUUUAUUUAAUCAUAAUUAUUGGAGAAAAGCUACUUAUAUUAAUUUAUUAGUUAAAAAAAUACGUAUAAUCCCAACUUUAAUUAUUUGUUAUUUGGCAACUUCGUGGAUAUUUCCAUUAAGUGAAUUCAAAAAUGACUCUUUUUAUACAUCAACAUCAUUAUCAUACAGAUUAUGGUAUAUGUACUCUUCAUUUUUUAUUUUUCGCACAAGAUUAUAUUUGGGCUUUAUUUUUUCUGAGCUUAUUUGUAUAGCUUCUGGAAUGGGUGCUUAUCCUGAAAUUACAGACCCACAGUCUGGAAGUGGGCCAACUAGAAACUUUGAAUCAUUAGAAACAGAAUAUUCUGGAAAAGGAGAGGCUUACAAUUUUGAUUGUAUUGAAAGUAUUGAUAUUAUGAAAGUAGAAACUAUUUCAACAGUCCGUGGAGCUACGAGAAUUUGGAAUAUGACUGUACAGUACUGGAUUGCUGAAUAUGUGUAUAGAAGAAUUCCUAUUAAAAAACUUAGGACGUUGGUAGCAUUUGGUAUUUCUGCAAUUUGGCAUGGCAUAUAUGCAGGCUAUUAUGUUAGUUUAUGUUCAGUGCCUUUUUACUUAGCAGUGGAAGACAUUUAUGAUAGACAAUACCGUAACUAUGCUGACUCUGCAGGCAAACGCAUAUUGUGGACAUUCUUCUUAUAUACUAUGAAAAUGUAUCAGUUUUCAUUUUGGGGAUGCACAUUUCAACUCUUACAUAUCGACCUCAUAUUUAAAUACUGCCAAUCUAUAUAUUUUCUCCCUUAUAUUGUUUUGAUAACUAUGUAUGCCAUCUCUCGAUUUAAUAACUUGCGGACUAGUUGACCAAAUAAAACUAUUUGGCCUGUUGCUGUCAACAUCAGAGAAUUCCUCUAAGGGACUAGGAGCCUAUUAUGUUAUGUUUUGUUUUGUUUUUUGGUGAAGUAUACCAUAAUUAUAAAAUUUAUGUAUAAGUUGUAUAUUUUUCUUAUAUCUUAUUGGCCCUCUACACCAAUGGGUCUAUAUGAAAAGAAAAUAUUGCCUUUUCACCACAAUAUGAAAGACAUUUGUAAUAAUAUUUUAUAUUAUCUAUAAAAACAUUUUUAAUUGCUAUUUGUAUUAAGUUUAAUUUCAUAGAUAAGUGUAAAUACUCAAGAUUAAAAGAAAUACCCUUUGAUAAAAAUAUAAAUAAUUUUGACAAUUAAUUAUUGUCUAUUGUUAUGUGAAAUAAAAUAACUGUUUAUAAUUUUUCGAUUAGCUUAAUAUAUUAACUAAUAAUUGUGAAAAAAUAAUACUAGUAAAUAUGUUAUGUGAGUUAUAUACAUGCUAUAGUAAUAGUAAUAAUAAUAGAUAUAAAUUAAACUGAUUACACUCCUAAACACAAAUGUAUUCCCUUAUGGCUUAAAAGUACAUAGUAUGUACAUGUAUACAAUGUAUAUUAAAAUAAAUUAAUAUUAUUUCAUAAAUAAUUUAAAAUAUGAAUAGUUUUACUAUAAACUAUUUUAUUUAUUUUUCACAAAAUGUCUUUAUUUUAUAUUAUUAAUAUUUGUAAUAUUUGACAUAAAUUUUAAAUAAAAUGUCAGUAUAUAAAGUAACAUUUACUUAAUUAUUAAAUUUUUAUGUUGAAGUAUUUGGUAUAAUAUGACAUUUUGUAAUUGCUUUAAAAAUUAGUAGCUUUCAUAUUAUGUUUGUUAUUAUAGAAUAAUCAAUUUUAUCAAUUCAAAUUCAUAUUAAAUAUUAUGUUUUUUAAUAAUAAGAAUUAAUUUAAUAUUUUGUGCCAUAUUGUUCUUAAUCAUGUUAAUGAAUACUUUAACUUCCAACUAACAUCCUUAAAUAUAUUUAUUUUUUUUUAUUGUUAGAAUAUAAAAAUGUACCUAUAUCUAAAGACACACAUAAUACACGCAUAAUUAUUAUAUAUACUUCAAAUUUGCCAUGUUCAUUUAAGUUAUAGGUAUUUAUAAUAUAUAAGAAUAAUGUAUAUUUGUGUGCUUUGGUAUAACUGUGUAUACUUUAUGUAUAUAAUUUAUGAUGUUUAAGUUAACUAUAAAAAUAAAUGUAUCUUUGAGUUUUCGUAAAUAAUAAAAUUGUUUUGUAUAAUUUUUUUUUAUGUUUCGGGCUACAUAUUAUUGUAUAUUUAAUUGAUUUUUUUAACUAAAUUAUUUUUUUUUGUUUUAUAAAAUGUCUGUAAGAGAAACUUAAUAAUUAAAUAAGUGUUUGAUUGAUUAUUUCUAAUUUAGCAUUAUAAUUUAUAUUAAACGUUUUAAUUAUUGGUUGAAAUAAAUAAUUAUAAAUAAUUUUAACAUUUUUUA